AUGUCUCAGGCACAGUGUUUUGCCGACACUGAGCCGCUGCACAUUAAUCGCUGGAGACCCACUAGUGAUGAUGAUGAUGAUGAUGAUGAUGAUGAUGAUGAUGAUGAUGAUGAUGACGAUGAUGAUGAUGAUGAUGAUGAUGAUGAUGAUGAUGAUGAUGAUGAUGAUGAUGAUGAUGAUGAUGAUGAUGAUGAUGAUGAUGAUGAUGAUGAUGAUGAUGAUGAUGAUGAUGAUGAUGAUGAUGAUGAUGAUGAUGAUGAUGAUGAUGAUGGUGAUGGUGACAGUUUACAAUGA